UCAAAUAUGAUACACAAAGAUCUGACUAUCCUACUCAUCAAGGUCCAAUGUCGUCUUCACAGAUAGAUUACGUUUGGUCCUCAGUUGAUGUUAUCUCAAACUUCACAGGUUGUGAAACAGUUCAGCUUACAUCUACUCUAACUGAUCACUCUAUUGUCAUCCUGUAUAUCGAAAACUUCUUAGAUGUUAAAAAUAAUAAGAGAAAUAUUCCUUUGAAAAAGGUCUACGACUAUGACAAAAUGACUGAGGAUAAUUGUGAAGCCUUACAUUUCUCUCUUAAUGAUCGCAAUUUACUUGGAGAGUCCACAAGAUUGCGUAUUAGACAACUCUAA